AUGAUAAUUUAUGCUGUUAACGUUAAGCUUUACUUAAAUUGCUGUUCAACCCAUAAUAAUUCCAUGGUUUUUACGCUGAUCAUAGUUGGCUGGAAGGUCGUGCACGAUUUACCAAAAAUGUGUUGA